AGUCAAGCAGCAUCCAUAAUCUUUCCAUCUGCGCAACCUUGAAGGAAAUAUUUCAGCUUUAUUUCUCGCAUAUGUGAAAAGUACUGGCCUAAUGACGCCCGUAUUUAUCAUUGAUGCUUUUCCGUCACACAGCCUUUAGAGCUCUCCCACACUUGCGACGGGCGCAAAUGGCGUCCCAAUUCUCGACUAACGCCGCGGCAGCAUCAUCUAUAAAUGACAUCCCGAAAUCAUGGACUUUCACCUCCAAACUUCCUGCUGAUUCCCUCUUUCCCACACCUGCCGAUUCACACAAAACACCCCGCCACGAGAUUGGUCCCAGACAAGUCCGCGAUGCCUUGUUUACGUGGGUGCGCCCACAGACUGUUGAGAGCCCCGAGCUGCUAGCGGUUAGCCCCGCAGCCAUGCGCGAUCUUGGCAUUAAAGAGGGCGACGAGAAGACCGACGAUUUCGUAAACACGGUCGCGGGAAACAAACUACAGGGAUGGGACGAGGAAAAGUUGGAGGGGGGAUACCCAUGGGCGCAAUGCUACGGCGGGUUUCAGUUCGGGCAAUGGGCUGGCCAGCUUGGCGACGGGCGCGCCAUAUCGCUGUUCGAAACUACGAAUCCGCAUUCGGGAAUACGCUACGAGUUGCAGUUAAAGGGUGCGGGGAUGACGCCGUAUAGCCGCUUUGCCGACGGCAAGGCUGUGCUACGGAGCAGUAUACGCGAGUUCGUCGUUAGCGAGGCGCUGAAUGCGCUGGGUAUACCGACUACGAGGGCAUUGAGUUUGACCUUGUUACCCAAGGUUAGAGUGCGCCGAGAGAUGACGGAACCCGGUGCGAUCGUGGCUCGAUUCGCGCAGUCCUGGCUGCGAAUUGGCAAUUUUGAUAUUCUGAGAGCGCGGGGUGACAGAGAUCUUAUCCGGAAGCUUGCGACAUAUAUCGCGGAAGAUGUAUUUGGCGGCUGGGAUACUCUACCAGGUCGCCUUGAAGAUCCAGAUAAGCCGACGGAAUCGACGGCUCCAAAACGCAAUAUCCCCGCCGAUACGAUUGAAGGACCGGAGGAAUCCGCAGAAAAUAGAUUUACACGAUUGUAUAGGGAGAUUGUGCGGCGCAAUGCACUUACUGUGGCCAAGUGGCAAGCUUACGGUUUUAUGAAUGGUGUUUUAAAUACGGAUAACACGUCUUUGUUUGGGUUAAGUAUCGAUUAUGGCCCAUUCGCCUUCAUGGACAACUUCGAUCCUAGCUAUACCCCUAAUCACGACGACCAUAUGUUGCGAUAUAGCUACCGUAACCAGCCGAGCAUCAUCUGGUGGAACCUCGUCCGCCUAGGCGAGUCACUUGGCGAAUUAAUAGGGGCAGGAUAUAAAGUAGACGACCCUAAAUUCGUCGAAGACGGUGUUAAAGAAGAGGACGCGAAUGGGAUCAUUGAAAGGGCCGAAAAGGUGAUUAUGCAAAUUGGCGAGGAAUACAAAAGUGUGUUCCUCGGCGAGUACAAGAAAGUCAUGGCAGCGCGUUUGGGAUUGAAGACACAAAAGGAAAGUGACUUUAACGAGCUGUUCAGCGGCAUUUUAGAUACGAUGGAAGCAUUGGAGCUGGAUUUCAAUCUCUUCUUCCGCCGGCUAAGCUCAGUCAGAGUCGACGAGCUGGAGACGGAAGAAGCAAGGAAAGAUAAGGCCGCGGUGUUUUUCUACAGCGACGGCGUGACGGGUCUUGGUGGCGAAGCCGAGGGUCGCAAGCGUGUUGGCGAGUGGCUGGAGAAGUGGCGGCAGCGCAUUCUCGAAGACUGGGGAGAUGGCCAGUCGGUCUCGGACGAACAAGACAAGGAGCGGAUGCGGGCGAUGAAGAAGGUUAAUCCCAACUUCAUCCCCAGGGGAUGGAUCCUGGACGAGGUUAUCAAGAGGGUAGAGAAGGAGGACGAGAGGGAAGUCUUGGAUCGGAUUAUGCAAUUGGCACUACAUCCUUUCGAGGAAAGCUGGGCCGGCCGCACGUUUGGCGGCAAGGAAUAUAAGGGCGAUGUGGAGGAGGAGAGGAGAUGGACAGGCGAUGUUCCCAAGAUAGGCCGCGCCAUGCAAUGUAGUUGCAGUUCUUAGGUUACAUAACACCAUGACAUAGAUAGAGCGUAAUCAAUGAAAAGACCAGCACCGUUUUCUUUAGGCUAGACCGCCAGCCUUGCCC